AUGGAAGAAGAUCAUCAACAACAAUCACAACAACAACCAGAACCCCUGCUACUAGCUGGUCAGCCUCAGAACAAUUCAUUGGAGGGUCAAGCUCUGCCCUCUGUGGCUGAUCAAUCUCAACAACAACAACCCUUACUACCCCUUCCCAAAUCUUCUUCUCAACAAAACAUUAAUGUACCACCCAUUCCGAAUGAUCCUCUUUCAGCAUUACGAGCUUCCAAAAUAUUUUCAAAAAGAUCAUCCUCCAUAGUGGUAGGACGUGGAAAAGAAAAUACAGAAGAUCUUCAUUCCGAGCCCAGCAGCGAGGAUCACUUGAUACGAGGAGCGAAGGUCAUUGUGCCAAUGUUCAAGUCGUCUCGUGUGGUUCUACUUGUGCUUGUCUCCAUGUCCAUUCUCGUUACAGUGAUACUUUUGACAUUGGUUUGGGUUCCAACAUUCAGCUCUAGUGUUUAUACCCUAAGUGAACACAACCGACGGAAAGAGUUCAAUAGUAUAGUUUCCUUUGUUACUCAAUCGAUACGUGAGGUAGUCAUUGUAUCAGAGGCAAGCAAGAAUCUUUUGAAGUAUGGAUUUGAUUUUUCAAAUUCCACAUGGAUCGAGAGAGCCAUGUAUCAAAUUUAUAAGAGUGAACAGCAGUAUCAUAAGGGUUCCACUGUCUCUACCUAUAUUGGAGACGUGCUAGGAAAUGUGGUGGGUAUUGUUGAUUCCAAUGGAGUCGACAUGUUGAUAGUUGUUAACAAUUCUCACACAUUGUUGUAUCAAUGUCAGACAGAUGUGGUGAAUUCACAAGAUGACGUAUGCUUGCACCAAAACAAUCCAAAUCGGAUUCUGUCAAGGGCCAACAUGCAUAACACAAUCAAUCAAGCAUUGCAAUAUCCAGGAGAGCCUUCUUUUACGCCGAGCUAUAUCGACAGCACACAUCCAGAUGUUGUUCUUAUAAGCCUAGUGAAUAGCAUUCGCUUAGCAAAGCUUGAUAUUUUCUAUUAUUUUGGCUAUGAUAUAUCUACGAAGAAAAUUGGAACCUAUUUGCAGGAAUUUUCUAAAAACAUUGCCGACUCGUUAGUGUUUGUGUUUGAGUCCUCCACAAAUAAUCUCAUUUCAUCAAGUUUUUACAGGUUUUCCUAUCAAAACGGGAAUGAAAGGAAAACAUCACUGAACGUCCAUGAAAUUCCACGAGCUGUUCCAAUUUCGAAGGCUCUGCUAUACAAGUUGGAAGGAAAUUUUAAAAAUUUACGAUGUGGAGAAUAUUUAUCAAUUGCAUAUGCAGACGAGCUUAUUGCGUCGCAUAGAAUUUGUUUAGAAGAAAACAUUGAUUGGAUUAUUGUAUUUGCUGUGAAGCAGUGGACAUAUAUCAGCACACUUGUAAUUGCUUUAAUUGUAGCAUUGGGAUUUAGUAGCAUAAUUUUAUUAUUUGGCAUGUUCUUUGGUAUUUGUGCUUCUUUAAAAGUUUCUCAGCCCAUCUAUCGACUCAUAGACUUGGUUAAAAGUGUGGGAGAAAUGGACUUUGAUAACCUACCAGAUAUUCAAGAGAAAUUGUUCUUUUCUGAAAUGCAAGAGCUGCAAGAAAAUUUUUUAAACAUGAUCAAACGAGUUAAGAGCUAUCGUGCAUUCAUUCCUGCUCACAUUCUUCAAGAAUUGGAGUCCAAUAACGCAAAAACCCAAAGCUUACAGCAAGUAGACAGCAAAAAACCACUAGGGUUGGCUCGCCGCAUUUCCUCGCGUAAAAUGCUUAAUUUGCAUCAAAAAAAGAUUUCCUCUCCUACAAUGGACUUGUUUGCUCUUGGAUUAGAGGGGAGGUAUGUCACUCAAAUGUGUGUCUAUCUUCAAGGAUUUGAUUCCAUUGUUGAAAUUUGCGAGCAUAAGGACAUUCUCAUACUUCUAGGCGAGAUUUAUGAGACACUGACGAACAUGAGUAAGACAUCAUCAGGCCAAAUCGGAUCAUUCGAAAACAAUUUUGUAACUGUGUCUUGGAAUUCAACCAAGCCUCAACCCAACCAUGAACAAAAAGGUGUUUCCACUGCAAAGAAAUUUUGCAGUAGAAUUAAUUCUAUUAAGGACACAAGAUGGAGAUCGUACGAAAUUUUCAGAUGUCAUCCUCAACUGUACGAAGGUUUAAAGUUUCGUGUCACUAUUGCUUCUCAGUUAUGUCAAUGUGGAAAUAUUGGAACAGAGGAGUUCAAGUCACAUACCAUUAUUGGAAGCAUUCAGAAAAAUGUGUUGACUCUUGCAGAUGUGGCCAUUCUAUAUAACAUUGGUGUGUUAAUAACAGAGGAUAUUUUCAUGAUUUGCAGCACAGAAUAUUCGAUGAGAUACAUUGACACGGCAGACUUAGCAGAGGACAUGUCCAUUGCGAACGAUUCAAGAUCAAAGGUGAAAAAAACAAAGUUGUUCGAAGUUGGAGAGAGUUCAGACAUUAUUCUGGAUGAAUGGAUUUACGAACUUGCUGACAAGGAACGAAAAAACAAAUGGGCCAAGUAUCAAAAAGGUUGUGGGCUCUACUUUGAACAAAAAUAUCAAGAGGCAAAAGAAAUAUUUACAGAGUUUGAGCAAGAAUAUUCCAAAGCGUACCAUGUUGUGGAUUUACCUACUCAACACAUGUUGAGUUUGUGUGAUCAAAAAUUGCAUGAACAAGGAAUCAUUGACCAUCAGCAAGUUGGAAUUGAAUCUGACCAAAAGGUUGCGAAUCGAGUUGUGCAGUAA